UGACUUUUUAUUGAUCUUAAAUUGACUUAUGAUUGUUAAGUAGUUACCACAUUAGAUGCACAGAUGCCACCCCUACACCAACACAUAGCCAUUUAUUUUCACCGCUAAAUCCCAGUAAAAAAUUGUUGUUACUACAUUUUACCGCUAUCUAACGGAAGUUUCCCGGCAAACUGAAAAUCUCAAAUGCGAUGAGAGUAACCAAAGAAACCGCUCAAAGUCGAUAAAAAAGGAAAAAAAAAAUGGUCCAAAAACUUUCAAACUCUCCCGCGUUUUCAUUUACCCCCAAACGGCUCCCUCCCUCAGCCAUGGCGCCAUAUCCAACUUUCCCUUUCUUAACCCAAAUCUGAAAGUCCCUCGCCAUUCCUCUCCAUUUUGCUUUUCACUUCUAAACAAAAUGAGGAAGCAAAGCAGAUCUAAGAAGCCGGAGAAUCUUGGCAAAGGAAAGGUCACUCCAGUCCAAGUCGCAUUCAUCGUUGACCGUUACCUUUCCGAUAACAACUACUCCGAAACUCGAUCCAUUUUCAGAAACGAAGCUUCUUCUCUCAUAUCCAAAUCCCCUGUUCGAGAGGCGCCGAAGAGUUUGUUAAGUUUGGGGGCAAUGUUAGACGAGUACAUUUGCUUGAAAGAGCAAAAAGUGAUAGUAGAGCAGGAAAAGGCUCGUUUGGAGCAAGACAAGUUAAGGGUUCAUUCCCUUUUACAGGGGAUACAAAGUGUAAUGAACGCUUACAAUGCAAGUGUGACUGCACCGGUGCCUAUGCUCUCUCAUGCUACUGCAACUAAAUCGGUAGCCGUGAUUCCUCAUUCAGAUCCAUGUGCUGGGUCUCCUCCAGGCCAUCCUGUGUUUGGUACACCAACUGUUAUUCCAGUAUCUGGUCCUUCCAAUUCCAGAAUGGAACGUGAUAACUACUCUUCACCAGUAACAAGAAAUAAAAGGAGUUCGGAGGCUGUCAAUGAAGCCCCAGCAGCUGCAAAGAAAACUCGUAGCAAAUUAACUUCUAGGAAGUUAACCACCCAAGGAACAGAAAAGCUUCCAGAUUCUGAUAAUAUAAUGAAUAGCCAAGUAGGUGGUCAGCCAAUCUCUGUAAAUGAAUCAUCAACCCUCAAUUGCAAUGCCCAUGAAUCUACGAUGCAUUUAUCUGGUGUUGCCAAGUGUUUGUUCAAUCAGCCACAGCUGUCCCCUCCAACCAAUUCAUCAGGUCCUAAGACACCCCCACAAGCAGUUUCUCCUCGGAGUGAUAAAUCAAUGACUCCACUGGGUAUUUCUUCAACUGCUAAUUGCAGUCACAGCAGUGCUCCUCAAGUGAUCACUCCUACCAACUGCACCAUAAUUUCAACCGAGAAAGUUAGUCCUUUAAAGCAAAUGACAUGUUACACCAUAGAAAGGAACCGUUGCGUCUCUUCUUGUUCGCCAGUUAAGACGUGCUUGAAGAGGCUUGGCAAGAGGGAUUAUGUAAAGGGCAGGCUGGACUUUGAUGGUUCUGAUGCAGCAGUGAAUGUGGACAAACCAAUAAUGAAUGAGACUUCAACAUCUGAGUCUGAAAUGGAUGCAGAUCUCUUUGACCUGGAUUGGCCUAAUUUAGAUGCUUUUGGAGCAAAUUUCUCCUUCUCUGGACUGUUAGUGGAUCUUGAUCUUGGAUGUGAAGGAAUUGGCUACCCUUGCCAACCAACAUCGGGUACUUGUGCAGCUGCUCUUUCAGGGUCAUCUCAUGAAUCAGGGGAUGGCAAUCUGGGGGCUAAUCAAGUUAUGUCAGAGUUUUCAUCUACCAUCACUGGAGUGUUUUCAGAGAAAGACAUGAAUGCACAGGGUGGACCCGACACUGUGACUUCAGUUAAGUCUACAACAAAAUGCAUAAAAAUAUUAAGCCCUGCAAAAGGUCGAAGGAGUUCUUUGGAGCAACAAAAUUGUUCUGCUACGAACUAA